AUGGAGUCUGAAAACUACGUAGAGCAUUUUCGUCAAAGCCGCGAAAACAUCCUGAACCGACUUGUGGACGCGAUCCAUAAACUGGAGGAGGUUCCAGCUUUUCACGCAUCGGUUGCUUACGAUAUCAGAUUGAUUGCUUCACUCUUCAAACUCAAUGUGCAAGGAAAUGGCCGACGAGCAGCCCAGCGUGAGGGAAGUGACGUCCCCUCCUGCUUUCAGCGUCGGUGCAAUCUGAUCACGUCAGCUCUCCUGGAACAAGCCGCGCUUCUCGAACCUCGAGCCUGUCUUGUAGACCAAUGUUGCCAAGCUCUGUAUUACAUCAGACUGCAAGUUGGGCGCCUUACUGUGGAAGGACACAGCAAUGUCGACUCCUACGUCGAGCUAAUGGAGUCCAUGGUGGACUCACGAAUCUCCGAAAUCCAAACUCGCCGCUGCUUGGCCGAUGAAGACUCCGAGGCUCUUCUGGGGCGAAUUGAAAUGUCUUUUCGAAUGAUGAACCGUGAGCAACCCGGCUGCAGCUGCAAUCAAUGCCGCAAGCGCCGAGUCGCGGCCGCUCCUGAGGAAAGCAUCCUCGUUUGUCCCUAA